AUGUCGGCCAAAACAAUAACGUUAGUGAUGCUGCUUUACGAAAUCACCUUCACCAGCAGCAGCCCAUCGUUCCAGGGCUUGAUAGAACCUCGGCGUGUCCUCGGCGGUCCGGGAAUUAGCACUGUGGUCGGUGAAGCUAUGCACAACAAACUGGACACAAUGCAACCCGAAACAACGGAGCUACCAUCCGUUGUGUCCCCGACGGAAAAUGCUGUCCACAAAUAUGCUCGGGAGCUGCUGCCAACAGCACUCACGUCCUUCGCCAAUAGCAACGAAAGCAGCGGCAUGAACAGCUUCAGCAAUUCCACCGACAACGCUGUUCUCUGGAGCAAAUACGUCGUCCGGUCGGGGUUCGUGCUACCGGUGGAUCCACUGUUCGUGGCCAAAGUGAAUCCCUUCUGGCUCCAGUUCGAGCCACCGACAGCGGGCGAACACUACGGGCUGGCCGUAUUCUACUGCGUGAUGAUGCUGUUCGGCGUAAUCGGAAACGCGCUGGUUGUCUUCAUGUUCUACAGAUAUCGAUCUUUGCGAACGCCAGCCAACUACUUGGUCAUCAAUCUAGCUGUGGCCGAUUUCAUCAUCAUGUUAGAAGCACCGAUGUUCAUAUACAACAGCAUUCAUCAAGGACCGGCACUUGGUUCGAUCGGAUGCACGGUGUACGCGCUGAUGGGUGCCCUCGGUGGAACGGUUGCGAUCGGCACCCUGACGGUCAUCUCAAUCGAUCGCUACAACGUGGUAGUGUACCCACUGAAUCCGAAUCGCUCGACAACGAAGCUGAAGUGUUACAUCCUGAUCGCCUUCACCUGGGUGUACGGUUUGCUGUUCGCGGGCCUUCCGGCGCUCGAUAUCGGCCUCAGUCGCUACACGGCGGAAGGGUACAUGACGGCGUGCAGCUUCGACUAUCUGGACCGCUCGGACAAGGCACGCGUGUUCAUGUUCGUGUACUUUGUGUUCGCCUGGGUCGUACCGUUCACGGUGAUCAGCUUCUGUUACGCCAAGAUUCUGCUCGUGGUGAUCAACGCCAACUCGAUCCAGUCGAGCAAGAGCAAGAACAAGACGGAGGUGAAGCUGGCUGGCGUGGUCGUUGGCAUCAUUGGGUUGUGGUUUGUCGCCUGGACUCCGUACGCCGUGGUGGCGAUGCUGGGCGUGUUCGGUUACGAAGAGUAUCUGACCCCGCUCAACUCGAUGAUACCGGCCGUGUUUGCGAAGAUCGCUGCCUGCAUCGAUCCGUACUUCUACGCCAUCAACCAUCCGCGCUACCGGCAGAUGUUGGAGCGUAUGUUCUGCAACCGGGGCGUCGAUGGGCCCAAUUCGCAGUAUCAGACCUCACACUACACACGGGGUGGAUCGCGUGCGGGUGACUCUGUCGGUGAGGAUUCCAUCGGCACGAACCAAGCUGCUGCUACUCCCAGUGGUGCCAGAACUACUUCCAUCCGUGUCGCCGGUGGUCGUUCCGGUCGGCUGGUCACCGCCAGAGGUAGCUACUCCUCCGCUGCCCCCGGCGGUGUCGUCAAGGCUCUCAAGAAGCAGGCCUCCAAUGGCGAUGAGACGUCGCUCGAGGUUUCACUAGAAAUGUAACAACGUUGCAGGCGAGGAGUGCAGCUCCUCCGCAUUACGGACGACUACGAAAACAGUGCCUUUGUGUAGUAGUAUGGAAUGAGGAAAAGGGAAGAAGCAGACACAGCACCUAGAAACACUCACCGAGAAUGGUCGACACAACGCGCGGACAACGACGUGAACGAAUAUUUUAGCGACAUGUGGUAAUCACAGGAAAUUACCGGAAAACUCAUCUCAAUAA